AUGAGCGGCGACAAACCCCAUCUCAACGGCGGCAUCAACGGCUCGGACGACGUCGAAAUGAAGGAUGAAUCCAAGAAUUCCAAAAAGACGUCCAAACAAGGAAAAGAGAAGGAUGGCGAUGAUGAGAUGACGGUUGUCGUCCCGCCCGCAAAGGGCUCCAACACUCCGAGCGCACCUCAGAAAGCUACCGACGCAGAUCUUACAAAUGGGGCAAUAGAUGAUGAGGGCAAAAAAGAAGGGGAAGAAGAAGUUGACCCUCAAGAAAAGGCAAUCGAGGAAAUCAAAGCCAAUCUUCCGUUGCUGGAACGCGCUGUCAACCAGUUUGAUCCUCGAUUCAGCUUGAGGGUCCUCCGUUCCAUACCCUCUAUGCGAAAGCACCUGUCCUCUUAUGUGAUAGCUUCUGUUGUCACGAACACCUAUGCAACACCUACCGCGACUGCAAUGUCCCUUCUCAGUGCCGUCAAGGACGACCCAUCUUUCCCAUCCCGACAAGUUGAGGAAUGGCACGGCAAAAGGGAUUCGGCGCACCAAAAAAGCUCUCACAAAGAGAUCCUCCCUGAAAUAGACGUCUACCUAUCGAUCUUGGUACAGGUCCACCUCUACGAUAAGAAAUCAAUCAACGCAGGUGCGGAGUUCUCGAGUGCUCUGGUGGACCAUCUUCGCACCCUGAACCGUCGGACAUUGGAUUCGCUGUCGGCCCGGGUGUAUUUCUACUAUGCGCUCUUCUUUGAAGAAAUGGCACCCUUGCCGCCCUCUCCUGCUGCUGCGGUGAUCUCGAUCCGGAAGCCACUCCUUGAUGCUCUGCGAACUGCAACCCUGAGAAAAGACCAGGAUAUACAGUCUGCGGUCACAACUUUGCUUCUCCGAAAUUAUCUUUCCACCUCUCACGUCACACAGGCCGACCUAUUGAUAUCCCAUACCAAAUUCCCCCCCACCGCUGCGAACAAUCAGAUCGCCAGAUAUUUGUACUAUCUUGGCCGCAUCCGAGCAAUCCAACUUUCGUAUACUGAAGCUCACGAACACCUGACUGGAGCGACACGGAAGUCGCCAACGUCCUACAAAGCCAGUGGAUUUUAUCAGGCCUCGACGAAAAUGCUUAUUGUGGUUGAACUUUUGAUGGGAGACAUUCCGGACCGUGCAAUCUUCCGCCAGCCCAGCUUGGAAAAAGCAUUGCAGCCAUAUCUUCAACUUGUGCAAGCCGUCAGCUCUGGAGAUGUGAUCGGUUUCCAGAACUUGGUCCAGCGGUACAAUGCCACCUUUAGAAAAGAUGAUACGUACACGCUUAUAUUGAGGUUGCGACAGAAUGUGAUUAGGACCGGCAUUCGCAUGAUGUCUCUGUCAUACGCAAGAAUCUCUCUGCGCGACAUGUGCUUACGCCUUGGUCUGGACAGCGAGGAAUCGGCAGAGUACAUUGUCGCAAAGGCAAUUCGCGAUGGGGUCAUUGAGGCCAGCCUGGAUCAUGAGCGUGGUUACAUGAAGAGCAAGGAUGUGGGAGACGUAUACGCUACCAGAGAGCCUGGCGAUGCUUUCCAUGAGCGCAUCCAAGCUUGCUUAGCAUUACACGAUGAGAGCGUCAAGGCCAUGCGUUUUCCCAUGAACCAACACAGACUAGAGCUCAAGAAUGCCCAAGAGGCACGUGAACGCGAGCGUGAGCUUGCAAAGGAGAUAGUGGAGGGUGAAAUGGACGAUGACGACGCCCCUGGCGGUGAUUUCGACGGGAUCUGA